AUGGUUUUGGUUUUGCAGUUUUCUCGUGAAUACCAAAGCAGCUGUGUCAGUGAUCUACUGCAGGCUGCCAAAUUCUACCCGAAAUCAAAACAAUUCAACUGCAUGACGGAGACGAAGAUGACAACCCAACUGCAAAACAAUAGAACUCACGUUAUUCUUGAAGAUGAGGAUUUUAUUUGUCAGCAUCCCUACAACGCGUGCGGUUUCGUUUUAAAUAUCGGCAUGUUUUCCUUUAAUAAGUUGGGCUUUGGUUCCAGCGUCUGGGAUGCAGCUCUUGUUUUACUUCAGUUCUUUGAGGAACAAAAGAUGAGUUUUGCAAACAAGAAAGUGAUUGAACUGGGUUCAGGCACUGGAAUUUUGGGCAUUGUGACUGUUCUUCUGGGUGGAGAUGCCACUAUUACAGACAAACCAGAGCUUCUGAAACAAAUGGAAUGGAACGUUUUGGUUAAUAUACCUUCUUCCUGCCAAUCUCGUAUCAAAGUCCGUGCUCUCACCUGGGGAUACGACCAUAUGCUGUUUUCUUCAGACUAUGAUUACAUCCUUUGUGCAGAUAUAAUGUAUGCUUAUGACAGUGCUCCUUUAAUUCUAAAGACACUUCUGCACCUCAGCAACGAAAAAACGAUUAUUUAUUUCGCCUCCACCAUGUCAUUUGGUUAUAGUGUGAUCAACUCCGGUUACCAAAUUCUAUUCAAGCAUUUUAACUCCCAGCUUGUUUACAGAAGUGAAGUCAAUGAUGUUCGCGUGUAUAUAAUGACUAAAAUUAUUCAAAGUGAUUCAGUUCAAAUCGAGCACUAA